CUCCUCUCGUGCCCGAUCUCCCUAUGGCGCAUUCAAGUCUGAGCUGGUCUUGGGACGUCCAAUUAUUAUUGAACAGAAAGUAUGGACAGCAAUGGACGUGAUGACCGAGAGCCGAGAUUCUGAUAACGAAGAGGGCGGAAUCUGGGUAACCAUUGAUGUUCGUCUAGAGAGGCAAAUUAACAGAGACCUCCUCCAACUAACCAUUCAUCUCAAUUGGAACCCAGCAACCUAUUUACUGCGAAGUUCUGCCCAGCGCGAUCUUAGUGGGAGAGUCCUGAGAAGUUUCUUUGGAAGUUGGACUCGCGGCCAAGAGAGGCUUGCGCCUCUGGCUUUUUACGAUGCAGCAUUUGUUCCCGAACAGGUUCCCACAGACUUAUUGCCGUCCUCAGUUCCUAAGUUAACUGCAACGCUAUUCCCCUUCCAACGUAGGGCUUUGCAGUGGCUUUUGAAUAGAGAAGGUGUCACAUGGAGUAAUCACUGUUCAAAUGGGGAGCCCGGCCUGGAGCCGUUGCCUCCUGCGUCAACUGAUGACCUACCAUUGUCGUUUAUUAAGGCAAAAGAUGCAGACGGGGGAUUAGUAUACAUCAGCAAUCUCUAUCACAUCAUUACCAGAGACGUAAGCGCAUUCCGUAAGAGUGAACGUGCUUUGAAAGGUGGUAUCCUCGCUGAAGAAAUGGGGUUAGGGAAGACAGUUGAGAUUAUUGCCCUUAUCUGCAUGCACAAGCGUGAUGAUAAUCUUCUGAACUUGAACAACAACAUGGAUGAAAACGUGCAACCAAGUAAUGCAACGUUGAUCGUCGCUCCCAACACUUUAAGGAGACAAUGGAUUGCCGAAUUUAAGAAACAUGCACCAGAGUUACGUGUGAUGGAGUACGAAGGCCUAAAAGGUGUCAGCCAUAAUGAACAACAAUUAGUCUCUGAACUAGUACAGCAGGACGUUGUGAUCACGACUUAUAAAGUUCUGCAGGAUGAAAUCCAUUAUGCAGAAGAUCCACCCGAUCGCUCUAUGAGGCAUCAAAGAAAAUACUACCGCCCUAAAUCACCGUUGACCCAAAUCUCAUGGUGGAGGGUUUGUUUAGACGAGGCUCAACAAAUUGAGAGCGGCAUCAGCCAAGCUGCCAAGGUUGCAAGACUCAUACCGCGAAUCAACGCAUGGGGUGUUACUGGAACACCGGUGAAGACCGACAUAAAGGAUCUAUGGGGUUUACUGGUCUUUCUCCGGUAUGAGCCUUUUGCCUCCUCUUUUAAGAUAUGGGAGGGGCUCAUAUCAACCGGGAAGGAAUUAUUCUACCCUCUUUUUAGCCGUAUCUCUUUACGACACACGAAGCGCGCCGUUCGAGACGAGCUAACUUUGCCACCUCAAAAACGGUAUGUUAUAACCAUGCCGUUUACUACAGUUGAGGAGGAGUACUACCAGACAUUGUUCAAAGAUCUCGCAACGAAAAUCGGGGUUGACGAGCGUGGUUCACCUCUUGAAGACCAUCCUUUUUGGGACGCUAUGAAUCCGCAGACACUAGAAACAAUGAGAAGUGCUCUUUCUCAACUAAGGAAGGCAAUACUGCACCCUUCUCUAGGAUCCGGUAACCUUCGACGGACAGUGGAACAGAAAUACAAAGCCUUGCAAACAAUUGAUGAAGUGCUUGAUGCUAUGGUUGAGAAGAGGGAGUCUUUGAUUAGGACAGACCAGUGCCACUACUUACUCAGCGCGGUAAGGAGAGGCCAGAUGCUCGAGUAUAAGACUUCAUUCGAGGGAGCAAUUACGAUUUGGAUGGACGUUGUUGACGAGGUGGAAGAAAUAGAAGAAGAAUGUCGCAAACGACUACAGAGCCAGCUAGAAAGGGCCAAACGAGCAGCAUCUGUCAACGUUCUGAUGGAGGGAGAAGACAGCGAUGUCGAGGGUGAAAAAGACCCCGAGGAGAGAAGGGCGCUCAAGAAGGUUGGCGAGUGCAGGCGUAAACUCCGAUCCAUGCUUGAUAUCCACCAUAGGGCUGAGUUCUUAAUCGCCAGCGGCUAUUACCAGAUGAAAGCGGAUGAGAAACUCAUAGCUCCCAAUUCGGACGCAUUCAAAGAACUGGAAGAAAUAGAGGCCUCGAAAUACGAAAAGGCUAAAGUCAUUCGGCAAGAAAUCUUGCGCGAAGCACAGUCCAAAGCUUUGUCGCGCGUCACUCAAAUCAGGGAAAAGGCGUCGUCGCAAUCGUUUAUCGGGGUUCCCGAAAUAAAGUUGCCUUCCUAUCAUGGCCUGGAUAGUAGACGGGUCUCAGACAACUUUCGGCUACUCGCCCAGGUUCUCGGCGAGCAAGCAACUUUGAUCGAUGAAUGGCGGGAGGCUAUUAUUCAGAUGCUAAUUCGACCACUCGUAGACGAAGAGGGCCAAGGGGAAAACACGGGUGAAGAAUACGAGGACUCAACCAAAACUCAGGAUGAGUUGAUGGCAUAUACGUUAGCUCUGAGAGCUGUCAUUGCCGACAGAGAGGAUUCACUGACAGGUUUAGAGAAUGAGCGAGUUAAAUACGAUACUCGCCUUGCGGAACGCCAAGCUAAAGAUGGAGAAGGCCACGCACCUGAGAAGGUCCUCAUGUUGCUUCAGAAACGUGACAAGAUCAGGCAGGAUUUCCAGGGAACUUCGUUCCGGAGCAUCAUUACGGAUCUUCGAGAGUUGGCAACGAAACUUCGCUACGAUCUUAGCAAGGGGAGCAAUCGUGCGAGGAUCGAACUGGAUAUUGUAGAACGGACGCUUCAACUUGCACAAGAGCAGAUUGGCGUACAGCACAAGACUGCGAUAGCCUUGGGGAGAGAGUUGGACGCUUUCACCAGAGCAAUGAACGCACGCGUGGAGUAUUACCGACAGCUACAGGAAAUUUCCGAUAGUGUCGCCCCGCUCGGGGAAGACCCAGACAGAGGAGACAUAAAAAAAUGGUUUGAUACCAACCUCGGAAUAGAGGAAUACUUGAGGGAGAAAGUUGCCGCGGCGCUGCCAAGGUAUCGUUACCUUGUCCAUCUCCAAGAAGGAGGCAAAGAUUCUGAAGUAAUAUGUGUGAUUUGCCAUAGUACCAUCGAAAUUGGAGUGCUUACUACCUGCGGGCAUCACUUCUGCAAGGAGUGUAUCGAGGCUUGGUUUAAGAGAAGCCGCACAUGCCCCGUCUGCAAGAAGCAACUCUUAAAGGAAAUGCUCCACGACAUUACGCAGAAAAAGCAAAAGUUGAGAUUUCACCAAGAACACCCGCAAGGGGGGGAUUCGCAGACAUCAGACGGAGCUAGCACGGGUAGCAAGUCCAAGGAGCCGGGUAUAUAUACCAGAUUCAGUAGCCAGAAGCUCGAGGCCAUCCAGAGUAUCAAUCUAAAUGGCCCUUCGUUCACUACCAAGAUCGAUACGCUAGCAAAGCACCUGAUGUGGCUGCGUGUUGAAGACCCAGGCGCCAAGUCUGUUAUAUUUUCACAGUAUAGCGACUUCCUCGAGACCCUCGGCCAGGCUUUCAGCCAAUACAAGAUCGUAUAUUCCUCUUUCAAGGAGAGGCAGGGUAUCAACUCGUUCAAAGAAAAUCCUGAUGUCGAAUGUUUCUUGAUGGACGCCAGAGCGCACGCCAGCGGCCUCAACCUCAUUAACGCAAGCCACGUGUUCUUGUGCGAGCCGCUCCUCAACACGGCCUUGGAGCUCCAGGCUAUCGCACGAGUAGACCGGAUCGGGCAGAAGCACGAGACGACAGUGUGGCUAUACCUAGUAGAAGGCACGGUGGAACAAAACAUCUAUAAUAUUUCCGUCCAGCGCCGUCUCGAGCAACUCGGCCAGAGCGCCAAGGGCAAAGAGAAAGAGGGAGAGCCAGAUCCGGAGGCAUUGGACCUCAAUCUCGAAGUGGCGAACUCCCGAGAACUAGAGCAGGCCUCGGUCUCGAAGCUCAUGUGUAAGGACCAGAGCAUGGGCGAGGUCGUCCAUAGACACGACGUCUGGGAGUGCCUAUUUGGCCACGUGGCCAGGGGAUGAACGGAAGCCGCCGUGGGAUGGAUUUCCUUGCUGACCAAGCAGGCGGGAAGCGAGAG